GCGUGGCACUGGCCAAGAUCGCUCAUCGGACGACCAAGCAUGCACCUGCCCGUGGCCGUGUGGAGCCACUGCGCGCUGCGAGACCUAUCGCUGCGCGUGACGACAACCUGCGUCGCUCGAAGCGACGAGAGCGCGGCGACCGCCUUGGUCUGCGGCACGGCAACCGGCGUGCUCCUCCUCUUCCGGGCGACGGCGGGGACAACGACGUGGCGCCUCGCCGCGCUCCUGCUUCGACACAAGGCGCCGAUCGCCGGCCUCGUCAUCGGGACCAACGAAUGGGGCCAGGCCAUUUGCGCAAGCGUCGACGUCAACGGCGCCAUCGGCUUGUGGCAGCUCUCGGAUGGGCGCUGCCUCGCGUGGUUGCAGGCGGCGGCGACCGACAUUGCGCCAGUGCUCGGAAUGCAAAUCGUGUCGAACGACCGCUACAUGCUCGUCUACGGCGAGCAAGGGCGCAUGGUGUUGCUCGACGCUUGGAAGGCCAUCGUGCUGGCGUCGCCCGGCACGAGCAUGCACCAAGCGCGCAUUGACGUCGCCGUGGCGCCAUGUCGCAAGACGUCGCAUAUGGCCUACGACGCCGUCCUUCUCUCGCUGGGCAUGGAAGGCUUGGUGAGCUGCUUUGGCUGGACGCAGCCGAUCGUCACGUCGUCGUCGGCGUCCGAUCCGUGCCCGACCUUUGUGUGGACCCAAGCGGCGUCGUGGGUCAUCUCGUGGUCGAGCGAAGCGUCCGACAUUACGUGCAUCGAGACAUCGAUCCAUCCCGCGACCAACUGGCUGCACGUCGACCUCUUCCCGCUCCACGCGCGACUGAGCCCGAACGGUCGGCUCGUGCUCUUCGUUUGGUCCAACCGUUGGGCCAUCCUCCAGCGCGCGUGGCUCUUCCACAGCAUCGAGGACGAGACGACGAUGCUGCCACACUGUAUUCAAGCAACCGACGACGUCGAGUGGGUCGAUGGCACGUUCGCAGACGACGAGCACGUGCUGUUGUGGACGGUCGACAAUCGCGUCUACAGCUUUCCCGCCGUCGAUUCAUUGGCCACCGACGCUGACGGCAGCACCACGACCUUCUUGUAUCUGUUCACCGCGCCUGCCACCGACGCGGAGAAGCCAACGUCGACGGCCCGCCCGCUCCGAACGGCGAAGCUGCCUGACGUGCCUCUGUGCGCCGUGCCCGCUUGUGCCUGUCGCCGCCCACCGUUUGCCACGUCCUUUGGCACGAUUGCGUGCACACCCAACGCCGGGAUCACGUACGUGUGUCCCUCUGGCUGCACAUGGCGGUCCUCGGCGACGACAAGCGCACCAACGCCACUGUCGACGCCAACGCCGUCACCACCGCGCGUAUCCCACAUGGUCAUGGGCAAGAAGCCCGCACCCGGCGCGUCGGCGCCCGCCUCCUUGCUGUGGAACACGCCUCUCCUGAUUCAUGGGUACGACGACGGGCACAUUUCGCUAUGCCCGCUUGUCGGCGCGCCGCACAUCACGCUCGACUGUCUCAGCAGCGCGAUCACGAGCAUCGGCCACGUCAUUGUUAAUGCGGUCGAGUCGACGCCGCAUGCGGCGGCCGCGCCGCUCUACGAGGGCUACGCCGACAGCCCGACGUCGUCGGUGCGAUACCCGUCGACCGAGAAGCUGCAGCGCAUUUCGCUGCUGUUGCACAAGCUCCAGCACUCGCACCUCUCGACGCCAAAGGCGGCGUUGCUGUCGCCGCCAAGGUCAUCGCCGCCGUCGGCCGAGACCUUGUCCGAGACGCCCAUGGUCGUGCUGCUCUUCACAGGCAGUCGCGAUGGCAGUGUGGGUGUCUCCCAGAUUCGCCUUCGUGUUGACGCCGGCGUCGUCGUGCCGUCGGCGACGCUCCUCCACUCGUUUCAUCGACACCGCAAAGCGGUGCGAGCGAUUCACGUGAGCGGCCCGAGCCCGCUCGGGCACCUCGUCGCGUGCGUGGGCGACGACCAUGCGGUGAGCGUCUACACGGUGCGUAUGGACACGACCGCCCUUGACGUGGGUUUUUUCAUGGACUGCGUCGGCCAAGGCGGCUGUGUCGUGGACGUUCGCUGGGACUUUCGCACCCAGCACGUGCUUCUCGAGUGCGACGACGCGCUCUUGUACAUUUGGAGUCUGCGCACGGGGGUUCUUGAGCGCAUCGUGCCAUCGGCCAUGGUGCCUGCGUCAGCACCCGCCGAGGAGGCGCGCGAUCCCGUCACGAUCGCGUCCCCGCUGUCGGCUCCGAUGGUCCACGUCAUGACGUUUGAGCUACGGGCGACCGUCGAGCGACUGCAGCGCCUCUGGGCGUCGCCAUCUGCUUCGUCGACGGGGACGGCUCUCGACGCGACAUUCUUGUCGUUUGCGCUGUCCUGGGGACUCGACGCCCGCAUUGACGCUCUCGUCGAGCGCUACCUCUACGUGCAUGCGCCGUCAUUGGCCUACUCGAUGGCGAUCACAGGCGCGGCGAAAGCGCUGACAGUGCCGCUGCCGAGCCCGUCGGCCCCGCACACGACCAAGUGGCAGCAGUCGUCGUUCGUCUCGGCCGAGAUCGCCCUGGCUCUGGUGACCAUGUGCACGAGCUUCAUGGACGACGAGCGAAAAGACGACGAACUGUCGGAGCAGCUGCAAGUGCUCUGGAGCCAGCUCAUCACGCAGCACAUGGUCUGCCUCCCCGAGCAGGUAGAUGCGUACGUCGAGCCGUCGCUGGACGUGCUUGCCUCGUACGGUUUUCACGAGUGGGAAGCGCUUCAGAUGGCGUCGCGGCUUCUGUUGCACGGCGUGAUCAAGCGACUGCCGCCGACAACGCGCAGUACGACCGCCGCCGAGUACAUGACGCGGUACCACUGCGAAGUCCAGCAGCUCGAGAAGGACCUUGGGAGUCUCAAGCAAGUACCAGCUCCCCGCAUCGUAUCCCGACUCGGCUCGAUGCUCGUGCUGCUCAGCGUCAUGGGCACGUGCUUUCCUGGCGAACUCUCGCCCGCGAGCGCACGCCAAGUGUGCGACGUUCUCGUGUCGCUGCUCCAAGGCCCAGCGGCGACCGCCUGCGUCGCGGCCGAGCUCCUCGCCAAGGGCCUCCUCCUCUUCCGCCCACACCUUGUGGACCUUGCCCAGCUCGUGGUGCAGCUCAUUCCAUUGACGCUGGACCCGUCGAAUGACGAGCGGAAGCGGCUAAAGCAGGCCGCCAUGCGUCUUCUCGUCGAGCUCGGGACGUGCGAGGCGGCCUCCGUCUUGCUUGUGCUCCAGCAAGAGAUGAGCACGAGCGAUCGAAGCUAUGCGUACCGCGAAGGCGUCCUCGUCUAUCUCAUGACGUGGGUGAACCUCCAGCACCUUCUCAUGGCGCGGCACCUUCCCGCGGUCAUCGAGACCAUCUUGUGCUGCCUCGACCCAACCAAGCCCGACCGCCGGAAGAAGUGUCUGGCCAUGAGCACCAAGUGUCUUCACGACCUCGUCAAGCGAUUUCCGAUGGUCGACUUUCACAAGACGACGCAGCGCCUCGCCAUCGGCACCAUGGAAGGCGUCGUCUUGCUCUACGACCUCCGCACGGCGACCAAGUGGCGAGUGCUGGACGGCCACACGACGGCGCUCUCAGCGGUGCUCUUCCGCAAGGACGGCGCCAUGCUGGUGUCGUAUGCGGCGAGAGAAGCGAGCGUGCGCUGGUGGAACGUGACGGCCGGGGGGCUUCUCUCGCUCCUCAAAGUGCAGCAGUCGUGCGUCCGCCAACUGCAGCUGGCGCCGCUUACGCAGCAUCUCCAGCGACCCGCCGAAUUGCACAAGGUGAUUCAGAGCUGCCGCUUCCGACUGGCGCCCGACGACGUCAACGUCUGGCUCACGCGCGAAGACGAGUCGCUCUUGCCGCUCAAUUUUCACAUUUAGGACGACUACUGCCAUCAAACCCCUGUCCAGUCCUGUGCUUACACUCUGUAUGGAUCCCUCCCUCGAAGGACGCAACACGUCGUUCGUCGUACUCUAUAUACACUUGCAUUCAAAGUAGAGUCUUCUCUACGCGGUCGUCUUGCU